AUGCUACAAGACCAAAGUAAGCGGUAUAAAUGCUUCCAGCUCUUUAGAAUUGCCAACGUUGUGGUGCUCGUUAUCAUUUUCACGGUGUGUGGAUUUAUAAACUAUGGCUCUAAAGAAUACUUUGAUAUUUUUAUGUAUCACCUGGCUUUUGCUAUUCCUACCAUCAUGUUUCACCUAGUUCCUUACUUCAGGAUCAACACUAUCUUCGUGUGCUUGACUUCACUGUUCUACCUGGGAGUCAUAUUUUGGGCUCUGAUAACUUAUGUAAAGAUGUCUACUACAGAAAAAGACUCCGAAAAGGAAAUGCUCUCAUUUUUCCUCUAUCAUUAUCUUGUUCCAGGCUCUAUGAUAGGAACAUCUUUUCUUGUGGUUGCUUCAUUUUAUAUGGAAAAUGAGGAAGAUAAUAAUGAUAUCUUUGCUGGGUCAAAUAUAGAAAUUCCGAUAGCUCGACCACAUUAUGAUAACGUUGAGAACUAGCAUAAGAGAAUUACCAGAAAUUUAGAUUCUACUUUU